GGUUGUUUUGGUUUGUCAGCAAAACAUGCAAUACCUAUUGACAAGCGUCAUGGACAAAAAAUGUACUUAAAAGCGUUGGGAAUUGAAACGUCCAACCAUGCUGAAGUUCCUGGCGGACAGACAGACGGGAUUGGACGAUCCAUUGGUCAUGAGGAGAGCCGAAACCACUCGCCGGUCGUACGCUCUGGAUUUGAGCAAACGCCGUGAUUUCGAGGUUGUUCACUUAGGAUGUAUCAACUCUAUAGACAUCGAUCCCGUGGAGUCGAGAUAUUUGCUAUCGGGAAGUUCUGAUGGGUCUGUUGCAGUCCAUGAUCUUGAAAAUUUCACCGGUGAUGUGAAGUAUACUUCAAAAUCUGUGUGCUUUGCUGGUCGAGGUAGUCGUUAUCGCCACAAGCGUACAGUGGAAACAGUGAUUUGGUACCCGUUGGACACAGGAAUGUUCAUCUCAAGUGGAACUGACAAACUCUUAAAAGUCUGGGACACAAAUACUCUUGUGCCAGCGGACGAGUUUGAGUUCAGUGGCAUCGUUUACUGUCACGCCAUGUCCCCAGUAGCCACCAAGCACUGUUUGAUAUCUGUGGCCUGCCAGAGCUCUACUCUCAAGUUGGUUGACCUCAAGUCGGGGUCUGCCACACACACUCUAAAGGGCCAUAAAAGCUCGGUCUUCUGCACAAAAUGGUCAACCAGGGAUGAAUUCUUACUGGCAUCAGGAGGUCAGGAUAACCAAGUACUGAUGUGGGAUAUUCGCAGUGCGAAAGGAGCUCUUAAAUCAUUGGAUCAGUAUAACGGCAAGACUGCUGAUAACCAUUACACAGCUAACACUGCUCACAGUGGACAUGUGAAUGGGAUGACCUUCACCUCGGAUGGCCUUCACUUGGUGACCUUUGGAAGAGAUGACCGUAUUCGACUAUGGAAUGUGGCUUCUGGCAAGAACACGAUGGUCAACUAUGGAAAGGUGAAUAACGAUUGGAAGAAGAACAUUGAUAUAGGUAUCACACAGGGCUGUAGUCCAGACAUACUCUUUGUACCUAAUGGUACAAAUAUAGAAAUGCUUGAUAUAUUCAGGGGCACCCAGAUAGAUAUUUUACGUGGUCAUUACAAGUGUGUCAACUGUUGUAUAACUCAUCCACACUAUCAGGAGUUGUACUCCGGUGGCAGUGACAGGAACAUUCUAGUGUGGACACCUGAUACAGAAACUGCCUACGAGGACUAUCUCAAGGACAAGCAUGAUGCAGACAAGGAGCAAGUGGCUCGAAUAGCUGGGGUUGUGGCUCAAAGUAUAUUUGCCACAGCAGAUACUUGGAGUAGUGAUGAAGACAGCUGAUGAUGGGCAGGCACUAUUUACAAUCCAUGAUAAAUUAUUUCAUUUUGUUCCAUAUGUUAAAAUUCUUUGGAAAAAAAAUAUAAAUGUUCAGCUAAUGAUGAUGUUGAAUAUUUUAAAAAAUUUUUGAUAGAUGCAUGAAUGAUAUGUUGUAGUCACCAGUUCAGUAGACUCCGGAUAAGUGACAAAUGAUGGAAUAUGUUUUAAUUCUAUUUCUUUAGUCAAGAAGCAAAUUUCUAGAGUCUGUGUGUAUUACAUUUUUCUGGCAGUAGGUCCAUGUCUGGUAAUAGACCAUCCAUAUCUAUUGCUGUUAAGCAGAAUCAACGAAAACAUACUAUUUAUUGUGACUGUAAUUAACCCACCACUUGACUUUUGGUCAGAAGUUAUAUGUUGGCCUGAGUGUUUAUACCUAGAUUUUUUCACACAUUCCUUGUAGGGGAAAUGUAGGAUAAAGUUUUCUUAGCUAACUGUACAAUAUCUGAUAUUUAAAAAUUAUAUGAACAACUGGAAAGUGUUCACAGUUGAUAGCAUUUUUUGGUUGGUUACAUUUACACAUUGUAAGUCAUUUGUAUACUUCAUGACUAGGAUUUUACUACUGUAACAUGACAGUCACAGAAAUUAAUCUGCUCUUCUAUCAGAUGUUUCAGUGAAGUGGUGAACAUUUUUUUUUUGCAUUAGAAUAGUAAUUCAAGCAUCUACCACAUACUUUACUGGUGUACAUUAUGUUCACUCAAAUGACUGCAUUUAAUUAUUUUUUUACUCAUUGAAGCUUGCAUCUUUAAUUGUAAAAAGAAUCUAUUUAUGUAAGUAUAACACCCUAAUACAUAUGUUUCCGUAGCCUUGAAACAGUGUGUAUUGUACAGCUACAUAUUGUAUAGAUGUUGCCCAAUUUCCUACGUAAGAUUUCACUUAAAAUGGAUACAGUGUACAAUGUGUAGGUGCUAAAACUCCUUUGAAUUUGCUAGAUAAUUGAAGUCAUAUAUACAUCUGUUCUUUUUAUUUGACUUUUUUUUAUAACCUUUACAAGUAUUUAUGAAAGAUGAAUGUUUUGAAUGAAAAUGUGUAAUUAUUUUAAUGUCAAAGUCUAUAGACUUUGAAGUGUAGUGGUUUGCAUAAAAGAAUCACCUGUGUAUAAUGUAGACAGGGAUACUUUCAUGCAAGGGUAAGAUUUUCAAACUUUCCGAAGUGUUAAACUGCAAAAAUGAUAUCAACAGGGUCGAUAUCUCUCUGUCUUCAUUUGUAAUGUGGUUACAUGUUUCCAAUACUUUUCUUUUAUUUUAUUCUGCAAAUUUUGAUGGUGAAUAAAAUUUUAAAAGUUCACCUAUAAAGCUAUUGACCAUAUGACCCUAUAGAGGUGACUUUUUUUAAACUCACCAGGCCUAUAUUGCCUUUGAGCUUAUGCUGUGGUGUAGGUCUAUAGUCCUUCCAAUAUUACCAUUAACUUUUCCAUUUUAACAACUUCUUCUCAAUAACCAAAAGGCCUUAAAUCACAAUAUUUAGUUGGUAAGUUUCUUGGGAUGAAUAUCAAUGAUGUGAAAUAAUGAUCUAAUUGUGAAAAGCCUUAAAUAUUAGGGUAGUAUUGCAGGCUCAUUGGGCCUCUUGUUCAGAAUGAAGUUUGUAAAGACAUUCACUCUUUCCCUGACAAAAACAAAAAAUUGCUUGUGAAACUUAGAAUUAUGUCUUGACCUUGUAGGCCUCAUAAGACAUGUCUUUGUCUUGUCUAUAUGUCUACUACAAUAUACAGUUGUAUGGCUUAUUUAAAAUAAAGACCAUAAUUUUAC